CACAGAGUCGGUUGCGUUCAAAACAACGUGGGUUAAAACAUAAGGAAAACAACACUCACACUAUUGUGAGCCACCUAGCUUGCACGAAACAUCAUCAUGCCAUUUUAAGUUUAAUACAGGGCUCGGAAAAUUAACCUUCUUGAGUCAUUAAGACCUGAAUAGCCUACCAACUUUAAGUUGAGAACAACUGUAUGUUAUAAACAAGAAUUAACAUCAACAGACGUCAACACCUUUGGUUGCAAUGAAGAAAACGGACUCAACAUCUCAGCAAGAGCGUCUCUACCUCGACCAUUCCUCCACCUCCGAUCUCCCUCUCCACACCUCCAUCACCCUCUUCCUCCUCUCCUACUGCGAGUGCAAGUCUUUCCAGGUGUUCCUUGUCUCCUCCAACCCCCGCGGCUCCCCCCUGUGUUGGGGGACGCGGGUGCCAGAGUUCCUGGGGGUGUCGGAGGUGUGCGUGGAGGACCUCCCCGAGCUGGUGAGGGGCUGCCGCCUGCCGGCUGUGCUGGACGGGGCAGGGAGGUACUGCAGGGCUGGGCUGGCUGUGGUGCUCAGACACAUCGUCAGCAGGACGGUGGAGGCUGACUCCUGCAGGGGGGGCGUGUCUGCACUGCUGGGCUUCAAGAGCACGUGUCUGAAGGCCUGCGCUGAGGUGAGCCCGUGGACCAGGUUGUGUGAGCUCAGCAUCCCCUCAGCUGUGGAGUCCCUCCUCCUGCGGUCCUCCCACCAAUCCCUACUCCUCCCCGACGCCAUCCUUCAAUUAGAGAAGACGCUGGGCGAGCCGGUCAAGGUUCACAACAAUGACAAGAUCCGCCGACAGAAACUACGGCUGAGAAAGAAGAAGGAGGAGGAAGAGGAGGGUUCAGAUCCUCAGAAGGCUCCCCAGGAGAGCUCAGGCACCGCCUCCCGCCCUCCUCCCCUGAACCCGGAGCCCUCGGAUGGGCUCGAGCUGCAGGCUGCACUGGCCAAGCUCUCGUUGGGUGCAAUUCCACCUCCGUCCACCAGAGAGUGCUCUGAGAUCAGGAAGGUGAAGACCGCGGCGCUGCCUGCCCUGGAGCAUGUCUUUGCGGAGGGGCUUUACUUCACUCUGACAGACAUGGUGUUGCUGCCCUGCAUACAUCACUUCCUGGUUGUGGAUCCUACAGCAAUUCCACGCUGUUAAGCCCCACAGCUGGGU